GAUGUUUUUAUUUACGCGUGCGCGUGGGUUCCGGAGGGCCCAGUCAAAGAGCAAUACAGUAUUAGAAGAAGGAAAGACAAGGCUACCAUAACUCGGGCUAACAGCAGUUCGGAACAACUGCGCUUAGCGGAACGUCGCUCCACUCGCAAGCACGAAACAAACGCGUCGAUCGAAACGAGCGGUUGCUCCAUUGGGUACCGUGCGCGAGCAAACGCUCCCAGAUUCGAUUUGAUUCCAACAAAUGACUCCCCACAGGCAAGCAAUCGGCGAAGAGCAUCCUCCUGGUGGUAUCGUGGAAGGUCGAAAGGGAUUCGAAAACUUUCUGCGGGGACAAGAAUGAAUCAACUCCGCAAACCGCCCCAAUGAAUCGGAUGGUGAUACGAUGGAGGAAACUGCAUCUAUUCAGGACAAAAAAAUAUUACGACACAGAGGCCUUGUCACGAUUAGACACGAUCCACGAUCCCUACGAUAGAGUCAAAGCAAAUCCAGGAAUAUUUGUUCGCUUCUUUUCCGCAAUUCGAUCUCCAUGACAUGGCACCACACCGUGGCUAGUCUCGCUGGUUGUCCAAUGCCUUUGCCGUCCUUUCGGAAUCCAUCUACUUGGUAGAAACGAAAUCGAUGAAACUGUUCCGGCCUCGCAAAACAAGCCGGUCAACCUCCAGCUCUUGCGGCCGUCUCGGAGGUCUUCUUGUCCCACUCAAAAUGUUCUUGGCUGUUGCUGGAGGAAUCGGGAACCUUGCGGCAUGCUUGACGCCACCACCCCGAACAACAAUUUCGUCGGAAGCCAUUCCUCCAACUGGCAUCGAAUUCGGAUCAAAUCUCGUCGGUCACGAAGAAACCCACGGGUGUCGUCCCAAUUCGACGGACGGGCAUAGACGCACGCAACAACCACGGGUUGGUCGGAAACGACCUUUUGGGAAGCCUUUCGACCCCCAUCUUUGCCGGGAACCUUUCCUUUCGCCCGAAGGCGCCCCAAGCGAUGCCAUCGUUCGGACGGUCCCCAGCGGCUCCGUCCAGAGCGACGGGGUUGUAGGCCACGGACGGUUCUCCUUCCAAAAAAUCUUCACCGACAAGACAGCCCAAUCGGAGCCGCACCUCGGUGUGAUCCCGAGACGCGAUCGGUCCGUGCCACUGCUUCCGACAGGCAACCCCUUCGUCGUAUCCAACCGAUCCCGAUCGCUCGACAAAGGACUAUUUUACCGGUAGAACCCCAUUGUCAAAUAAUACGAAAAUGCCGACGAUCAGUGCUUUGGUUGCGAGCGAAAAGCAUUCGCAACGGAAAUCACGACUUUGCAAUCCGAUCGUUUCAAAUCACUAUUCGCAAUCAAAAAUUUCAGAUAUGCAUAACUAAGAAUUUACUAAAUAGGGUCUCCUAUGGUAGAUAGCGUAUCUCGUAGUGGACUCCAGUCCGAAAGGCAGGCGGGCUUGAAACAACACACCACGGGACACCUUUCCACAUUAUCAACAGGACCCGCACUAAGGUAGAAAGAAUAUGUAAUAAUGGACACCCACCCGCACGCUAAGGCAAGUGGGUCUUGCAGUACACGAUGAAGGCACCUGUCCACAAAGACAGGAACCUCCGAAACAAAUAACAUCUUAAACA